AUGGCUACAGUCAAGAAUAAUGGGCCAAUAAUAGACCCAGCGUUAUGUCGCUGCUGUAGGGCUAUAAAAAAAUGUCGUAUUCUCACAGCGGAAUAUACUUGGAUGGAGCAGAAGGAAGUGUACGCCGAUAUGAUCAUGGACUGCUUUGGGAUCUUGCUAUCUCAUGUAGAUGACAAUGAGAAAGACAGUGGGGUGUGUGCAACGUGUGUGGUGCGUCUCCGAGAUGCAUGUGCCUUCAGGCAGCAGGUGCUGCAGUGCGAGGAGCUGUUCCUCAGCGCUAAACUUGAGGAUAAGGAGGAGAAGGAUGCUCUGGAAGAGCCGAAGGCACACAAACCACAAAUGGAUAUUGAACUCAAGAUAGAACCGAAGGAUGACAUGAGUGAGCACUCCGGAGGAAUCGACCAUGAAGAUAACAUGUCUAUUGGCUACCCUGAGGAAUUGGAAGAACCGAAACCGCCUAAAAAAGAAGAAUCAUUAGAUAAACCAGAAGUACCUGAUGAUGAUUUGAAGUUAGGAGAAGAUGAUGACGAUGUUGAUGACAGCGACUGGUCAGGGUCAUCAUCGGACUCCGAUAAACCUAUAAAGAAGAAAGCCAAGAAGAAAGGAAAGAGUAAUGGGGCGCAGAAGAAGAAGAAGACUGCUGUUAAGAAGAGUAAAGCUGGUACAUCAAAAAAAUCACCGAAAGCAAUAAAGAAACCUCCGGUGGAAAAGAAAAUAACUACGACCGAGAUCUAG